GUUUUGCUGGGAUGGCUCGCUGGUCUGUUUUCAGUUUGUCUGCUCUGGCUGUGCUGCUGCUGGCCGCCUGCUGUUGGGCCGACAGUGAGCUGCAGACAGCAGAGGACAACGCUGAAGAGCUUUCAGUCUCUGAACUUCUGGAGAGAGCCAACAGAAAUCUGAUCCGUUCUGACGAUGAUCCCAUCCUGACUGAAGGAGACAUUGCUAUCGACAGUGAGGCCGAGAGAAACGCUGAUCCCUGCACCAGCAGAGGCUGCCUGUGGGGCAAGUGGACUGAUGGGAUGGUCUACGUGCCUUAUUUCAUCGCCAGCCACUUCUCCGACAGAGAGAAGGCUAUCAUCACCCGUGGACUGGAGUCCUUCUCCUCCUUCUCCUGCAUCCGCUUCAGGCCCAGCAGAAGCAGCGAUCGUGAUUGGUUGAGCAUCGAGUCUAAGAAUGGCUGCUACUCCUACGUUGGCCGUAGUGGCGGGAAGCAGGUGGUGUCUCUGGCCAGGAGUGGAUGUCUUUACCACGGCACCGUCCAGCACGAGCUGCUCCACGCUCUGGGCUUCAACCAUGAGCAGACCCGCUCGGACAGGGACAACCACAUCCAAGUCCUGCUGCAGAACGUCCAGUCUGGAAUGGAGCACAACUUCAGGAAGAUCGCCACCCUCAACCAGGGCACUCCUUACGAUUACAACUCCGUCAUGCAGUACCACAAGUAUGCCUUCUCCAAGAACAACCAGCCAACCAUGCUCCCCAUCCCUAAUCCCAAUGUCUCCUUUGGCAAUGCUAAGGAGAUGAGCCGCAAUGACAUCGACAGGCUCAACAGACUCUACAAGUGCUAAGAACCUGUCCAGAUGUGCUGGAAGACGGAUCAGAGAGAAGACUGAACGCAGCAGAUCUUACUGAACAAACUCAGACUACUGUGUGGACAUUUAACUUUACCAUGUGGUGGAAAUGACUCUUCCUCCUCUUUAGUUGAGGUCUAAAUUUGUCCACCACUGAACAGGAUUAGAGGAAACCUUGAUCCAGACUUUGUAUUGUAUUCCAGACCAUUGUGUUGUCUUUGCUCUGACAAAUAAAAUCUGUCUUCCAAGCA